AUGUACGACGACGAUCCCGAAUCCAAUGACGAUGAUGAUGACAACGAUAUCCCUUAUACGCCGCAGCCGCACCUCCCCACUGAUCCGAUUUUCGUUCCCCCUGCUGCUCCCAACCCGCCGACAACUCCUGGAUCAACAGCCAUGACUCCCGCACAAUUCUAUUAUGAUCCAGUGCUCAUACAAGAGAUUCUUCGACUGGAGUCUCGAUGCAGAGCACUGGAGGCGCAUGCGGCGUUGCUCGAGGACCACGUCAUCGAACUGAGGCAAAAAGUGAAUGCGAAGGAGAAUCGACCCACUAAGCGGCCCAAGCUCAACGUUGAGGCGCGCUGUUUGACGUCGGAUGAGGGAAGGAAACUUGCAGCAGAGGCAGAGGCAGAGAGAAUGGCGAAGGAGAAGGAGAAGGGAGACCGUGCCAAAGUAAACAAGGAGAAGGAGGAUGCGGCGCAGAAGCGUAGAGAGGAACGAGAUCCGGAGGAGCCUUUCAAUGGCAUGUUGCAGGGUAGGUCCAAGCCCGAGCUCGUCGAUGUCACCUAUGAUUUGGGCUUGGACUGUGCGGGCACGAAGCAAAUGCUCACGGAUCGAAUCAACGAGCAUUUCAAUGUCAAUCCCCUGAAGAGGAAGUCGGACAAGUACGUCGGACUCUUCGAACGUGUUGCGCGCGCGCCUGCGGCUCCCGUGCAGCCUCCAUCUGAGCCGGUGAAAUGCUGA